AAUAUGCAGAAUAUCACGGAAAUUGCCGCAGUUUUUAUAGAGAAAAAUUAUAAAAGGGGAAACUUGUACAUCAACAUAUCAUCCAGAGAAUAUUUUUCAAGUGCUCUACUUUCAGAUAUUCAAAAGGGAAAAAGGUUGAAAAAGGCUGUGACAAAUGACAAAUCCAAACCCAUUUUAGACGUUGGAAAAAGUUUAGCUGCAAGUGACGCUAAAGGCCGCUCUGUGUCUGCUGGCAACGGUGGUGGUGCUAAUGUACCCGCGCCUGUUGGCCUUGGUGGCUUGUUUGCAGGCGGUGUACCAAAAUUGAAGAGUCGUAAUAAUACUGUUGAAACUGAUAAAGAGAAUGGUUUAGCCACGCCUCCUCCUUUACCAGGUGGUCGUCCAAGGGCUCCAAGUGGUGAUAAUCGUGCUCCUUCAAUACCUAGUCUCGUUACUCCUCCUGUUACAUCAAUUAGAAAUAAUGUUCCAAAGAGUCUUAUUAAGACGGUAGCAUCUAAUGUAGACGCUUCGAUUUCAGCGACACCACCUGCAUUACCGAAUCGUGGUCCACCACUGCCUUCACGUACAUCAAAAGCAUCAUCACCUGUACCGCCGCCAGCUCCUGCACGUCCAAAUACAACUAUCACAUCGCCAUCACCCCCUCCUCUACCUUCGCGCAACGUACAAUCAACACAACCUCCACGAAAUGGCCGACGUUCGCCAUUACCAAUUGAUAGAAGACCUACUUCAUCUGCCAUAUUAUCAAAAAGCAAAGAACUAAAUUCACAUAAGAUCUUGACUCCACCACAACCACCUGGAACAAAAUCAACAAUAUUUACACCACAAGAACCACCAACCACUGAAGGUCGUUGGACAUUUCAUUCUUCUGCUGAAUUUCCAUCACCUGGUAGUUUUGUCCCUUUUACAAAAGUAUAUCCGUCAGGUGCAUCUACUGGGAGCUCGCCACCACCUCCGCCGAAUAGUGGUGGAAGAAAUAAUGGAAGGCGAUGA